GUAGUGAAACAGAAUGGGUAUUGGUUUGAUUAAAAUGUUAGUGAUUUCAUUUUAGAAUUCAAGAACAUAAUAUUUAAGUUAAAUAAGAAGUGUUAAAUAUUAUUAAAUGUCCAAUUAUCAUAAGUUAAUGGUGGGAACCCACUUAUUUGUGCAUUUACAGUUAUUCGUGUAACACGUAUUUUGUGCAUAGAGUUCAAGCAUUGAAUUAGGCCACAUAGCGAUCUCUCCCUAAAAUACCGCUGUUCUGGCUGUCGACGUAUCAAGACGGGCAAUCAAAGGUGCGAGGCGGGAGAGUGAUGAUCAGAAAGCCCGCGAUCUAAUGUGAUGUCAUCAAAAGGGGAAACAGAGGCCGAUUCUGGCACCGUGUCGCCGAAUUUGUCAGCUGUUAAAAAUGAACCGACGCCCGCAGCUAGCAAGGAAACCCCAAAAAGGGGUAGUACAUUGUUGAAAUGUACCACAUGCAAUAGUUUCAGUACGUUGAGCAGCCGCGCUCUCACCACACACAUGGCGCAGUGUUCCCCCGACAACAACAAUGUGGCGGCCGCACAGAAUGCGGACGCACGACCGCACAGAAAACUGUUCGAAUGCGACGUAUGCAAUAUGAAGUUUUCGAACGGCGCGAACAUGCGGCGCCACAAAAUGCGGCACACGGGGGUCAAACCGUACGAGUGCCGCGUCUGCCAGAAGAGAUUCUUUCGCAAGGACCAUCUCGCGGAACACUUCACGACCCACACGAAAAGCUUGCCGUACCAUUGCCCGAUAUGCAACCGAGGGUUCCAGCGACAGAUUGCCAUGCGCGCGCACUUCCAGAACGAACACGUCGGACAGCACGACCUCGUGAAGACCUGCCCGCUGUGUAGCUACCGCGCACCCACCAUGAAGAGCCUCCGAGUUCACUUCUUUAACAGACACGGAAUCGACUUAGAUAACCCAGGCCCCGGCAACAACUCCGUCUCCCUACUAGCUGCCGGGAUCGCCAACGCGGCGUACUCAGAUGGCACGAUGGACGCUAGUGCAAUAAGCGCUCUAAGCGCUCUAGGGUCCGGUCUAUCGGUGUCCGUCGCCGCGGCGUACUCCGACAGCGGCGACAGCAAUGGCGCCCGCUCUGUUGACAACGCAACACCGCCAAUGCACUACUUAACUCCGCACGUUGAGAUAUCGAUGGCCGACAACAAUGAGACCUUCUCCCCGGUGCACAAUAACCAUCAAGAUUCGCGUAUGAACGGCGAGGGACCAAGCUCGCCGCAGUCAGGUGACAGUGCGGUGGCCAGCAGUUCGCUAUCUGCUGGACUACCCACCAACAUAACGCCCUCCAUCACACUGAUACCCAUCAAACAGGAGCCAAACACGCAGGAGGAGUCGGGUCGUGAAGGCGAUAACGAGGGCGAGACAAAUGGGAAAGACAAACGCGAUGUUACAUCGAGCUUGUCGUCGUUGAUCAAAGUGUCGCCUCUCAAGAGUUUGUUGCGAGAGGACCUACGCCGCCGCAUCUCUGCCAGAGGACGCUCGCGCGCAAACAACGCGUCUCGAGCGUCGCCAUCCGAGGGUGGAGUCAUCACGUCAACCCACGGCGACGCAGCACUUGCGCCCGCAUCGCUCGUAUGCACUUUCUGUUCCAUCACCUUCCCCGACUCCACGCUGUACUUCCUGCACAAGGGCUGCCACUGCGACUCGAACCCCUGGAAGUGCAACAUAUGCGGCGAGCAAUGCUGCAACGUCUACGAGUUCAACUCCCACCUGCUCAGUAAGAGCCAUCAAUGACUGUUUGCUGGGGGGCCGUUCCAACGCUGACUUUACUCUUAUACAGUACAACCACUUGUGUAAGUUACUUUAUUGGUUAGUAAUCUAGAGUCGUGCAUAGUUGUUUUUGCCUUAAAUUAAAUGUUGUACGCACUUCAAUAUGCAUUUAUGACGUCAUUGGAAUUUACAGUUCGCAUUCUGUUAAUAUUUACCUUUUUUCCCAGAAAUAAAUCCCCUAAUAUAAAUUUUUUUUUAUACCGUCAAACUUGCUACUAUAAUUUUUAAAUUUAACUGUGAACGGAGAUUGCAUUGCAUUUAUUUGAGCUCAAUAAAUUCAACAUUAAUACUUUUUUUCAAGACAACAUAUUCACCCAAUUUAUUAGUACAUGCACAAUUUGGCGCAAAUACACUUAUUAAUCGCAAAGGGAUUAAAUAAAUUGGACUCAAACUUAGUAAACUUAAUUAUAGACCUUAAUUUAAGCUGGAAAAUGGUACGGCAAGAAGACAUGCGUGUAACAUUUAUAACGACCAAUAACAACGUACACGUUUUCGUGCGAUCGUAACGUACAAUAAUACGUGCAAACAUCGCGUCUUUGUAACUUAUACAUGUGGUGAUACUGUACUGCACUCUAUUCGUGUGCAUACUGUAAGCACUUCCCACUUACUUGAACUUCACCUUUACUCUGCAACCUCUUCCUCUCCUAACCUAACAUGAUUUAGUUUUUCCUGGACUGUACAUUUUCUUCUCAAGCCUCGUCACGUCUGGCACCAGCAGGUGGAAGUGCUUCGAAUAUGCUAUACGCUGAACGUCCCCCCGAAGCUGUUGAACUUAAAAAGUGCAAAUUAUUUUUGAAGGUUAUUUAGUGGUAAUUAUAGGUAAUUGAGCGACGAUAUUUGUAUGGAUAUUUUAGUGUUAAAAUUAUGUUGAUAGGAUAAAUUCGGAAUUCGGGUGCGAUUCGACCCUGUCGAAGCCGAUUCGAUUGUGUUGAUGCUUCGUCCAUAAAACGACAUUCCAAAUUGUAAUCUAUGCAUUCCAUUAUUAUUCGAGAUUGAGAAACUUAAACGGUGGACUUUGGUGGGGAAUGAAGUGAUACUUGAAUUUUUAUUGUCUUAAAAGAUUUUUAUUUAUUAUUUAAUUAAUUUCUUUGUACUUAAAUGUACAUGGGCGUUAUUCAAAACAAUAUUUAUAGAGUAUUUUUGGUGCGAUAGUGAAUUUUACAAAUGUUUAUUAAGACCUAUGGUAAAGAGUGUACAAAUUAAUAUAUUUUUACAUUUCGCUGUUGACACGAUGUUUAUAUAGAAAGGCAAAGCCUUAUAUUUCCAUGAUUAUUUAAUUUUUGUGAUCGAUAAAUCAGACCGGAAUUAUGAAUUCUACAUUCCGUUAUUUUAAUUUAUAUUUCUCUUAAUAUGCAUGUAAUGCAAGUCCACGACUAAUACUUAAUGUACAAGUUGUUUUAAUUAUUUAUUUUCUAAAUUGAUUAUAGUAAUGUAGCAAUACAUUUGCAUGUACUUAAAAUUUAUCGAUUAGCAAAUAAGUUAUAUGAAACGAAAUCUGACCAUUAUAAGAAAAACGCACUUGCUCAAUAACAUGAAAAUGGCUCAACAAAUUAUAAAAAAGUGCUUAAUAUUUCGUUGCGUCCACGCACAAAAGAUGGAUUUUAACAUACAUGAUAUCACGUGCUUAUAAUGGUGUCUAAUUAUUGAUUUAUUUAUAUAUUUUUUAUCCCAAUUGGUAUUUAAUCUGUCACAUACCGUGUUUGUCUGUGGCAUGUGGAAAUCGAUUUUAGCAAGUAAUCAUUUAAAUAUUUCUCUGCAAUAGAAAAGUAAGGCAAGAUGUGCUCAAAAUUUGCUCGCAUUAAAUUUCGUCAACUUUAUUUUAUACUUCGCGAAUUAAUUGGAGAAUUAAAAAAUUAACAGGCUUUAACUGAUUAGCUUUAGAAUCGAUUCUCAUUUCAGUACUUAAUCUUUGAAUAUGAUUUAAGAUCCAGCAACUUCUAAAACGGUAGUUAUCUAAUCCAAAGUUUUUAAAAUUUGACUUAACUGAAAAACGUUAAUGUUAAUCUACAUUUUUAUGGCUGCCAUGACCUACUUUCUCGCAUAACUCACACUUGUUCUUACUUUUACUUUAAAAAAAGAUUCUUGGUAAAAUUAUACACGGAUCACUGUUUACCUAUUCUAUAGUUUAAUAUAUAACGAGAGUCAAGUUCUCUUCAUUUGGAUUGGUUGACUUUUGUUUUUAUAAGAUGCAAUGUGGCCGGUUACUUAGUUUUCUAAUGCUUUGUAUAUUUAGUGUGAAUUCUCGAUUUAACAAAUGUCACGAUUUGAAAGUUCUAUAAAUUGGGCAGAUCAAGUAACAACACUCACAUUUGUUAAGUUGAAAAUUUAUACUUCGGGUUUGAUACAGUUUACAUAGAAGAUUUAUGGGUCUUUGCUAUAGCCUGUUCAAUCUUAGGCAUCAUCAUCUAGGCCCUGGUUUUAAAGAUAUUGUAAUAUUAAAUACCCAAAAAAAUAUACUUCGUUACGUUAAAAUUUAUGCUGGAACUUAGCCUGACUAUGUAACUUUUAAGCCAGACUUGAAAAAAUCGUCAUUUAAUAUGUUUGCAAUCUUAACGAGUUUCAGACUUAAAUCGCCUAGAUGAUAUCCAGGGCUAGAUGAUAUCGGAGUCCGUCCCGUCAACGAUGAAAACGAAUCUAUGUAAUUAAGAACAGGGCAAUAUUGGUGCAAAUUCGAUCGUACAUCAAUCCUAAAUAAUAGCAAUGCCAAUGCGACAAGAUAAAUAAUGUAAAUUAAUUUUGACGUUAAUUUUUGCAAUAACUAUCUUUUAGUAUCCUUUGGCUACUGUUAACUGACUAGUUCGUUUGUAUUAUUUAUCUUCUCUCAGUGGCUAUAACUUACACAAAAAUGACAGGUAUAAAAGUAUUUCUAUCCUUUACCAAUGAUGCCUGUUGAAAUGUAUAUCAAGAUUAUGAACUGUCAAUUUGGUUAAGACCUUUAUGGGAGGAUUUGUGUAAAAUUACAAUGGUUGGUCUAUUAACCUCGGAAUUCCACCCCAAAACCUGAGAUUUACAUUCCUGUAGCUAAUAAGUACUUAAUAUCGGUUGUGGUCUUGCCUGUUAAGUUUAACGAAGUCGACUUAGGUGGAGCUGAAAUUACGUUUACCAACGAAGUUAUAUUAUUGUUUUGUUAUUGACAUUUGCUGUAGGGUAAGGAGUCGGUACGCGGCAUGGACCUAGUGAGUUACCUGAACGAGCAACACAUAUUUAUUCAUAGAUAUUCUUAUAUUCUAUUUCAUUGUUGGUGUUUUUAUUGUGUAGUGUUGGAUAAUUUUUGUUGGUCCCGAACGCCGCGCCGCGAGUUAAAACUAAGCGUAGUAUAAAGUUAAGAGCUAUUAAUAUUAUUAAUCGGUAACCCCAUUGGGCGCCUUUAAUUAAUCCGUCCAUAUCUAACGAUAGAUAUUGCCUUUAAUAUUUAAUAGAGAUAAUAUAUUUAUAGAUUAUAUUAAUGUUACAUUAAGGAGAGAUCUUAAUUAUAAUAAAACGUUUACAGAAAUACAGAGGUUUACAGAAUUAGUUAAAUUUAUAUAUGUAUAUUGCUUGUCGUUGUAUCGGAUAUAGGGAACCGCAAAUAUGUAUCAACUUUCUGCUUCUUUUAGUAAUUCGGAUCAGAAACCUCUGUAAUAAUAUCUUAAGUUAUUUACGGUGUUUCAUGAUCAACAUCGAUUAUAGUCUGUUCAACGUCGAAUUUUGUUAUACACAAAACUGUUCUACCAUCGAUCAUUAAGAUUUAAGUUCUGCUGCUGUCAAUAUAAUUAUACAUCGAUGAAAUUAUACUGUUUUUACCUGCGUCCAACAAAAUGAGACAAUUAGCGUACACAAACUUCAACUUUAUUUACGUGAGAAAACAAGACAAGUCCUUUUCUCUCUAUAGAUAUAGAAUAAGAUGACAGUAAUAUUCCCGUUUAGUUGGCUUUUGUAAAUGUGCAGUAUCUCAGGUGUUGAUACUUCUGUGGUUCCCUAAUCCAACUAACUAUGUUGCAUUAACGAUUGAUCGAGUGUAAGUUUGGAAAACUACAACUUGAUUAUUUUUAAUGCAGACGUUUAAGCACGAAACAUAUAAGUCGAAGCGGAGGUACUCCGGUUAUUAAGGUAUACUUCGCGGGCAUAAUCCGGAUCGGAAUCUUGUGUAGUAUGUUUUUGAAAUCCGACUAUACUAUACCUCGCUCAGGCUUGUGUGUUGAGUGCUAUAAUUGUUGCAAUAUCGCGGUCUAUUUUUUGUGUGGUUUUAGAUAAUUUAUCGAAACAGAUAUACUUAUUUGUUUCAAAGCAAUUUAUGCAAAAUUGACGUCAAUUGUAUAGUUAAUUCUUAGCUGUAUAUCAAGUUAUGUAUGAGAAGGUUUAAUGAGUAAAAUUACUAUGCCAAUUAUAAUUGAUUUGGUUUCAAGACAAUUGGUUAUUAAUUUAAAUGAUACGUACAGUUAUUCUCACGUAGAAAUAGGUUUCCAAAGAAGAUUUUAUAUUUCAUAUUUAAGCACUGCAUGCAUAUCUUAUAAAAACUAGCUACCCCUAAUGGUCCAUUUGGUGCUCAAAAAAAGGAAAAGUUAUUCUGUAUUUAACACAAAUAUUCAGAACGGGAGUGUCAUUUCCUACAGCGUUGUUUGUAUUGUGAGAAGAUCCAAGGCUACUAAGAAAAUAUACUGUACAAGUUUGUGUGGAUUAUGUAAAUGUAAAGAAUCUUUUGGAGCAAGUAGGGAUAAGAUACAGUAGAAAACGCGACGAUAACUCAAUUCGCUCCUCGUUUCUUUGUGAUGUGGAUUUUUUAUUGCCAAAACGCGCGUUGGUAUCUACUUUUCAGCGUUCAAAAUAAUAAUUUUACAAAAAAAAACUUACUUAUUAAAUCAUACGAAAUUUUCUCUAGUUUAAUAACAUACAUCUAAUUUCAUAUGUAAUAAGUGUGAUAUGUACAAUUUUGAAAUGGUUGGGAGAGCGGGCAAUGAAAAUAGCUUUUAUAUUGUAGUUAUAUCUAAAUAAGGACAUUACAUCCAUUGUUUUAAUUAAGUUUAAUAUAUUAUUAAAAUCGAUCUCUUUUGCUUGGCUCAGUGUUACAUCUGCGGCCUUAAGUAGAUGAUUUCCGGGUCCGUUACGCGGAUCAGAUCAAUAUGACCCAUUUUUAAAUAGGUUCGCAAAAUGACACUGAAUACCCAGGGUUCUAGUCAGUCGGGCUAGCUACCCUUCUGGCACAUUCAUACUGCCCACCGAUUUCGCGUAUCGGUAUGAAUCCCGUAAGGUUUGGAUUAUUUGUCAAUACAUUCUAUGUGUAUGAAUUCUCAUUUUAAGAUUGCAUCAUCAUCAGUUAAAAUCACAUUAAAUCACUAACUUUCCAUCAAUGUAAACAAAAACUUUGGAAACCUACGGUACAAAUCAUCAACUUUAUUUUAAAUCUUCCAAUCAAUAUUUGUCGUAAGUUGUAUCUUGGUUUACAAAAAAAAAAUAUAACUGUACAAAAGAUCACCUUUUCGCUAAAUAUACUUAAACAGAAAUGCUCUAGAGUAGCAAUCCUCACCCUAAUACCAAAACACAGCUUACCAACAUUUUAAUUUGUUUUAAGUUGUUAUAUGCGUGUAAAACAUAGUUUAAGUUAAUUGUUUUAAAAGCAAUUAUUUGUAAAUGGUAGGCGAGUUGAGAUCAUCGUUGAUAUUUGCUGUUACA